UUUUUAUUAACUCCAAUCGAGUCAACAUGGCGGCGCAAGAUGAAGUUGACGUCUGUGAAAGUUGGGAGGAUAUGGACGAAAUUGGCUUAGACCAGAAGAUAAAACUUAUGUCCAGCCUCCCUUCAGCAACAACAUUUAAAUCUUGCAAGGUUACGAACGUAAUAGUUGAGGAUAGCGCGUGUAUUGGGUCUCAGUGCAUAAUGCCAGAACCAGCGAUACGUAUAUUAAAGAGGCCUUCGUCAACUGGCAAUGGUCAGCUAAAUGGAGAAAAUCGCGCCAGACCUGUAAAAACCUUGGAACAAAGACAAAAGGAGUAUGAAGAGGCUAGGCUAAGAAUACUAGGGGAAGCCAGAAGCCCUGAAGACGUCAUUGACGAUAACCUAUCCCGCCUACAAGACAAAUUACAAGCAAACAACUUAAAUGAAAGUAAAGCAAAGAACUGUCAAAAUGAAACCAAAGUGAAGGAAAGAAAGGUGCUAGCAAGAAUACCGGGUGCUUCGGGUAUAUUUCCAUCUCCUCCACCGCCUGGUGUCUUGGUGAUACGUACACCUAGGGGUCCUGAUGGAACCAAAGGCUUUGUACGAAGGUAGCAUAUAUUUAUUACUGUAAUUUUUAUAUAGUGACUGAAAUGUUGUGCCCAAUAUUUUACAAUUUCUACAAAUGCUUUUAUAUUUAAAUCCAUAUUUAUAAUUUAUGUGUCUUAUAUGAUGCCUAUGACUACCACAAGUCAAAAUCAUUAUAUUUUGACACAAGGGAGUCGCAGUUCAUGCUAAAUCUACUCUGAAUCUUCCCUCACAUGCCUUAUUCAAAACAAAUAUAAAUAAAUAUUAAAUUGAAUAGUUUCUCAUAUGUAAGGAAUAAUUUUAAUCUGUAUGACUUCGUGCAGUGCUUUUGGACAGGUCUCAUUCACUUAAAUAUAUAAAUAUAUUUUUUUCUUUUUUCCUUAGUGUUUUGAAAAUGCAUGUAUCUGUCAAAAAAGUUACAGAGUAUUGCUAUUGACCUUGAUUAAGUAAUAGUUAAACUCAAGUUCCAUUAGUGUGACACCUUCUCUUAAAGUGUCUCUCUUCGAUGAUGACUGUAUGUUAAAUAAUUUAAUAAAGCUAUGUAAAUUUAAUAAACAUUGUUAAGAGCUUGAAGAAAAAUUUGCCUUGCUUGCUUGAAGAAAAAAGUCUUGUAGAAGUUGUAAAAUAUUUAUUGUGUAAGUACAUUAUCUGGGAACAAUUACAUUGUAACGUUACAAUAACUAAUAGUUAUUGAUUUUUUUACAAUUGUACGUCUGAAUGACAUGUGCCUGCUAAUGUUAUUUAUAUUAAAACCUCAUUUGUUAGAUUUGAUACUUUUUGUAUAAUGGUUUAAAGUUAAUUAGGAAAUACCAUACCUUGUGAUGUGUAUGAAUACAUAAAUAUUCUAAAGUCAGUUAUUAUUCUAUUUGAAAUAGAAAAUCCAUAUAAAAAAAUUAUAUAGGUAGGAGAUUUAAGUAUUGUACCUAUAUAUUCAUUUGAAUUUUAGAUAUCGAAUUUCUUUAUGUGUGUUAAACCUAUAAGUCUGCUGCAUAUAUUUGGAACUUUUAUUUUGGGUUUUAACAUUUUUUAUUAUGUUUUUAAGUUUUUUCCUUAAACAAAUGAGGUUGAAAGUUUUACCUAUUAGACUAAUAUUUUUACUAAUGGAGAUCGGAAUGACAUUUUGUAUCAUAUUUAGUUAAGAUUUUCUAGUUAAGUAAUUACAAUUUUGAACAGCAAUUAUUUUAUUCUAGUACAUUUGAACAGUAUUAAGGAACCAUACAUUUUGGGUUCCAUAUUUCAACAUUAAAAUAUUUAGCCUACUGUGCUUAGAAAAAAAAUAGUUGCUGUGAUGCUAGUAAAAUAAUUUUUAAGUUUGUGCAUAAUUUUAAUUAAAAAAAACUAUUUUUAUACAUAUGAAUCAGUAAAUAGGUGAAGCUUCUAGUCGUAACAUGUUAAAACUGACAUGUUAUUGAAUAUAUAGCUGACUCUUUCUCUCGAAUGUGACAAUGUAAAGAUAGAGGAAAUGUCUAUGAUGUGUUAUUUGGAUGGGUAUCCGUUUUUGAAUAUAUGAAUAUUGAUGGAACGGUAAACUUUUAUAUAUUGAUGAGAGUAUUAUAUCUUUGUACUUUGUGGUUCAUAAACAUUGCAAGAAGGCUUCAUUUAUUUACAAAAUUUGUAUUAGAGACAUUACAUACUGCAAUUUUGGCAAUAGGUUCUUUUAUCCAUUUAGAUAUAUGGGCCAACUCUAUCACAAUUGGCUUAGAUAAUAGAACAUCUAGUCAGUAUGUUAAGGUCUUUUUAAUAAGAGACAUAUUCGCUAUGUCAAGGAAAAUAGUAAGAAAUCAAGAAUAAGGUAUGUUCAUAUUGAUUAACUAACUUCUACAUGUUUGGGCAAAACAAUAUAUUUGGUUACUUAAUGAUGAAGUUGACAAUAUCUUGGCCUUUUAAUUGGUCAGAAAAUAAAUUCAGUGUCUGCAUACACUUGAAACGAAGUAUAGUUAAAAUUUAAUUAACAUUUGUAAUUGGCAACUGAAAAUUACAACAUCUAAGUUACUCAUGUAUGGUACAAAUUUUAAUAUGGCCCAAUAAAAUAUAUUGUAAUAUAA